AUCUCUUUUGGUGAUACCUCCUUUUGAAUUAAUGACAUGACGGAUUCAAAUACAGAUGAGGCCUACGAAGAGUCUUAUGAGGCACUUCAAAAUGAAAUCUCGGACUUGGAACUCCGACUACAGAGGGCUAAAAAACGCCUAACGAAAUCACAGCCAGCCACCAAACAGAAUGGCACAUCAUCGUCAUCAAUACCAUCUACACCCUCAGCUCAAUCCGCACAUCAUUAUCUCCUAUUACUUUCUGACUCAGCUCUACCAUUAGGUUCUUUCGCAUUCAGCUCUGGGUUAGAAUCGUAUCUAGCGCAUACCCGACGGCGGGGUCCCUCGCCUUCCGCAUCAUCAUCGUCAUUCUCAUCCUUCCUCCCACUCUCCCUCUCAUCUUACGCCAGCACAACCCUUCCUUUUGCCCUCGCCGCACACCGCAACCCCUCAUCAGAAAAUGCAGCCAAUCUCGACGAUGAACUAGAUGCAGCCAUUGUAUGCAGGGUCGGCCGACGGGCUUCCGUCGCACAAGGUCGUGCGCUACUAGCGAUAUGGGAGAAAAGCAUCGCAUCUUCCCUAUCAUCGCAGACUCCAUCCUCUACACUUAAAACCUACUCCGACCUCCUGCGCUCAACCUCAUCUACUAGCAAAGGAUCAGACACAAAAGGUCUUCCACCACCUGUUUCCGCUCAUUUACCGCCUCUCUUCGGCGCGAUAUCAAGUCUCUGCGGACUUACGGCACACCAAGCGGCGUAUAUAUUCAUGUUAAACCACGCAAAAGCACUAGUCUCGGCCGCGGUGCGCGCUGGUUUAUUCGGGCCGUACCAGGCGCAGCGCGUGCUUGCUGGACAGGAAGUACAGACUUAUAUCACGGCGGUUGUGGAUCGGGAGUGGGACACGCGUGUGGAGGAUGCUGGGCAGAAUGUACCGGUGAUGGAUUUUUGGGUGGGAAGGCAUGAGUUGCUUUAUUCGAGGAUAUUUAAUAGUUGAAUCAAUAGACACAAAAGGGCGGUUGGUUGCAUUAGGGCAAUUUGGAUGACUAUUCUCGUCAUUUGUGAUCUAUUAUGCCAUGACACGCGCCG